AUGUUUACUUUCUACGGCUUCGCUUCCCUAAUUUUCGUCGGUGUGUACACCGAGGGGAUUACGGCGCGAGAUCCCGAAAUACUGAUGAAUUGUUCUCAACUCAUAGGAUACUGGGAAUAUCCGAUGGAAGAGCAUCGUGUGGUGACCGAAGACGGUUACAUUCUCAAGAUAUACCGCAUUCCGCAUGGACACAGUCGUAAUGUCAUGUAUGACUUUACUCCCAAACCGGUAGUAUUCAUACAGCAUGGUCUACUGAGCAGCUGCGCCGACUGGAUAAGCAAUCUUCGAAAUGAAUCUUUGGCUUUCGUUUUUGCUGAUGCUGGAUUUGACGUAUGGUUGGGCAAUUUUCGCGGCAAUACUUAUGGCAGGGAACAUAUUCGUUUAAACACAACGAGCCAUGAAUUUUGGCAGUUCUCAUGGGAUCAAAUGGCGGAAUACGAUCUGCCGGCGAUGGUGAAUAUGGCUCUAAACGUGAGCGGCGCUGAACAUCUUUACUACAUUGGUCACUCUGAAGGAGCGAUGACUGUUUUUGCCAAGUUGAGCAACGACCAAGAAUUCGCCAAAAAGCUGAAGCUUGUAUUCGCUCUUGGUCCUGUCACCACAGUGGCUCACAUCAAAGGGGUGCUUUCUUUCUUGGCGAAGUUGACUCCUCAAAUAGCGAAAAUUACAGAACUAUUCGGUAUCGACGAAUUUUUGCCUGACAACAAGUUCGUGGACUUCAUGAAAGAACUUUUCUGUAAAAAGCACGUUGCUGUAGAACUGUGCAAAAACAUAUUGUUUUUGAUCGCUGGGCCUGAUUCUCAUCAAUUAAACACGACAAGAGUGCCUGUCUAUAUAUCUCACACGUCGGCUGGAACUUCUGUCAGAAACAUUGUUCACUUUGCCCAGCUGGCUAGAAACGGCCAUUAUGAAAUGUAUGACUAUGGAAGUGCGGCGAAAAAUAUAUUUUAUUAUGGUCAGGCGACACCCCCGGUCUAUGAUGUAAGGAAUAUCACCGUUCCGGUAUCGCUCUUCUGGGGAGCAGAAGAUUGGCUAGCCGACCCUCAGGACGUCGUCGAUGGCUUGCUUUCCAAGUUGAAAACAGUGACUUCUCAUUUCCUCAAGGGCUUCAAUCAUCUGGAUUUUCUCUGGGGUCUGAGAGCUACCAAAAUGGUAUAUGAUGUCAUCAGGGAUGAGAUUUAUAAGGACCUAGUCAUAGACAACUUAAAGUCCUAA